GGGACCGGGAACGCGCGCAUCAGGCUCAGCUCACCAGGGCGGUGGGCGCGGCUCCCAGGGGCGGGGCCUGACCAGAGCCCGGCCCUCCUGGCAUAAAAAGGCGUCCCGGGCGUCUGUCGGCUCGUACACAGCAGGAUGGACGGCUUGGGCGGAGGUCCCAAGCACGGGGCUCCCUGGAAGAGGAUGUCUAAAGAGGAGCUGGAGAAUCAGUACUCCCCCAGCAGAUGGGUCGUCCGACUGGGAGCAGAGGAGGCCUUGAGGACCUACUCACAAAUAGGAAAUGAGGCUACCAAGAGGGCCCAGGCCACCAGGAGGAACCUGCCCGAUGUCCCCUAUGGAGAUGGCGAAGGGGAGAAACUGGACAUCUACUUUCCUGAGACAGUGUCUGAAGCCUUGCCGUUCCUCGUGUUUUUUCACGGAGGAUACUGGCAGAGUGGAAGUAAAGACUCGUCAGCCUUCAUGGUCAGCCCACUGACAGCACAGGGAGUGGCUGUGGUGAUAGUGGCUUAUGACAUUGCCCCCAAAGGCACCCUGGACCAGAUGGUAGACCAGGUGACCCAGAGCGUCGUGUUUGUCCAGAAACAGUAUCCAGGCAACCAGGGAAUUUACCUGUGCGGACACUCAGCUGGGGCCCACCUCGCCGCCAUGAUGCUCCUGGCCAAUUGGACCGAGCAUGGAGUCACGCCCAACCUCAAAGGCUUCUUCCUGGUGAGUGGGAUCUAUGACCUGGAGCCUGUCAUGCACACCUCUGAGAACGCCCCUCUCCUCACAACCCUGGAGGAUGCUCAAAGGAACAGCCCACAGUGGCGCCUGAAGACAGCCCCGACACAGCCUGUGGAUCCAGCCUGCCGCAUCCUGGUGACUGUGGCCCAACACGACAGCCCCGAAUUCCACCGACAGUCCAGGGAAUUUUAUCAGACUCUGCGCCAAGGAGGGUGGAAAGCCUCCUUUGAAGAGCUCCAUGAUGUGGAUCACUUUGAAAUCCUUUGGAACCUAACCCAGAAGGACUACGUGCUCACCCAGGUGGGGGGCAACCCUUCGCCACGGACAGAAUGCGUCCGGCCGUAGCCCCUACACAUUAUUUUGAAAACAAUCUUCCGGGAGUCCUGAUGACACCUGAACCCCCGCCGCCAGCAUGCAACCCGACUUGUGAAACUUCUCCCAAGAGCCCAACUGCUUCCCAUUCUUAACGGCCUCAGUUUUCCCUGUGCCCAGCAGCGCCUCUGUUUGUCCACCCACCCCGGCCAGGGUCCAUUCCCCUCACUGCUCUGAACACGAGUACAACUCCCCCA